AUGGGGUUCAAACAAUGCCAGUCAGAWCACACACUAUUUGUGAAGAAAGGUGAUGGGAAAAUUGCAGCUCUAAUUGUGUAUGCGGAUGGCAUAGUGAUUACAAGAGAUUCARAGGCUGAAAUACAGAGACUAAAAAAGUUCUUAGCCACUCAAUUUGAGGUGAAAGAUCUAGGCCCUUUACGUUAUUUCCUMGGAAUUGAAGUUGCCCGCUCUCACAAGCGCAUCUUUAUUUCCCAACGAAAAUAUGUACUAUAUCUACUAGAAGAUACAGGCAAACUGGGGGUGAGACCAAUUUACUCACCAAUUGAACCUAACCAUCAUCUGGGAGACAGUCAGGGAGAAUUCUUGAAARAUGUGAAGAAGUUUCAGAGACUUGUAGGGAGACUCUUGUAUUUGUUUAUGACCAAGACUGAUAUUGCUUAUGCAAUGGGUUUUAUACAAAGGGAGGGCAUUGACUAUAAGGAGAAGUUUGCUCUUGUUGCAAAGUUGAAUACCAUAGAGAUUCUUCUCUCAUUGGCUGAAAAKUUCUCAUGGAAACUCCAAUUAGAUGUCAAGAACGCAUUCCUAAAUGGAGAUCUUCAAGGAGUUUAUAUGGACCCUCCUCCCGGAUGUGAUAUUAAAGGAAAGGUUUACCCCACUCAACUUCAUGGCAACAGAGUGGAGAUCAAAAUCAAAGAAACCAUCUAG